GUUUGUCACAAGAGAAAGCUGGCUCAUUCAGAUAGCUUGCGAUAUAGGGACGGGGUGUUGGCAGAAGAAGCUGCUGCAUCCACCGUCACACGAUAUAAUUAUAAGUGCAAUGGGAGGUAGAUGGACGAUUAAUAGAAUUCAAUAUUUUUUUUUCUUGAUAUGGAUUCUUGUUCUAGUUCAUGGGUGUUCUUCGCUUAAUCUUGAAGGAUUGGCAUUAUUAGAUUUUCAUGCAAGAGUCUCUCAUGAUCCAAAUGGGGCGUUUACAAGCUGGAAUGUUGAUGACCAUGAUCCGUGUUCAUGGUCUCAUGUUCAGUGUGUUUUUGGUCAUGUUCAUGUUCUUGAUCUUAAAGGGCAAUAUUUGGAAGGAGUACUUGCACCUGAGUUAGGCAAUCUUACUCAUCUGAGACGUCUUAUUCUCUCUCACAACCAUUUUUCCGGAGUUAUUCCUAAAGAGCUUGGUGAACUCAAGAUGUUGGAGAUGCUGGAUUUAAGGGAUAAUAAAUUGAUUGGAAAUAUUCCACCAGAGAUAGGAAAGUUACAGUCGCUAAAUUUUUUGCUGCUUUAUAACAACAAUCUUGAAGGAAACAUCCCCGAAAAAGUUGAGAAAAUUAAUUACGACUACAAGUUGCAAUUUAUACCAAGCUUUACAUUCUAUGUUAAAGACGCAAUUGGAUUUCUGAACAGGAAACUUGGUGGAUACAUCUGGCAAGGCAAUUUUAAUCCUAAUAGGAAUGAAGAUUCCCUUAUAUCCCCAUUUAAAGAAACUGCCAUUAGUUAUCUCAAACUGUUUCAAUUGUUUAGCAAGGGCAUUUUAGAUAGUUCUUGUGUUAAUGAAGAAAUUGUCCAAAAUCUACACAUAGAUAGAAACGUUAUAAACCGAAAACUAGUUGAACAUCCUGCAUAUCUUGUGUCUAAAUCUUUUACUGCCAUCAGAAUGAAAAUCAAGAAACUCCAAGAUGGUGAAGCUCCAUCAUCUGAUGGUACUGACUCAGAUUCUAGUGGUCAACUUCACGUUAAUUCAGACAUGUGGUUGAUCAUGGUUGGAGUGUGUUGUGGAGGUUUUCUUCUAUUUACUGCUAUAGCUAUAUGGUUCAUGAUUAGACAUCCAGUUGUGAAGACUAUGGCUCCAUGGAAGUCAGGACUUAGUAAACAACUACAGGAAGCAUUUGUUACAGGUGUUCAAAAGCUAGACUUGAGAGAGCUAGAAACAGCUUGUGAAGAUUUUAGCAAUAUUAUAGAUACAGUUGAUGGUUGUGUGCUAUUUAAAGGCACAUUGCCAAAUGGAGUUGAAAUAUGUGUUGCUUCAACCACAAUUACUACACUCAAAGAUUGGUCAAGACGUGCAGAUAUCGCAUUCCACAAAAAGAUUGAAACUCUAUCAUGUGUGAACCACAAGAACUUUGUUAAUCUUAUUGGUUAUUGUGAGGAGAAUGAACCUUUUAUUAGAAUGAUGGUGUUUGAGUACGCUCCAAAUGGCACACUCUCAGAGCAUCUACAUGACUAUGCACUCGAGCAUCUUGACUGGAGAUCAAGGAUAAGAAUUAUUAUGGGAGUUGCAUAUUGUCUCCAGUGUAUGCAUGACUUGAAUCCUCCAGUGGCUCACAUGCAUCUGGAUUCGAACAUGAUCUAUCUAACCGAUGAUUAUGCUGCCAAAGUUGCAGAUUUGAACUUCUGGAAAGAGUUUUACCCGAAAGCAAAGAUGUCUGGGGCAAAGGAGUCUGUACAUUCGCCAAGUAUUGAUAAGGAGACAGAUAUAUGCAGCUUUGGUGUUUUAUUGCUUGAAAUCAUAUCUGGGAAGCAUCAAAAUUCCAAUAAAUUAGAGCCUCUUAUAAUUUGGGCUGAAGAAUUUUUGAAGGAGAAAGAAAACAUCAGUCAUAUUAUUGAUCCAACUUUAAAGUCUUUCGAGCAGAACGAACUUGAAAUUGUGUGUGAAGUUAUUCUAGAAUGUAUAAAAAAAGAUGGUAGCCAAAGACCAAGUAUAAAUGAAAUAAUUCCAAAACUCAGGGAAGUGCUUGGGGUUUCACCUCAGCAAGCAACCCCUAGAUUGUCUCCCCUAUGGUGGGCUGAACUAGAGCUUUUAUCUAUAAAAGAAGGAACAACUUAA